CAUUCCCAUUCCAAAUCCUAAUCCUCCCUCACUCUUCUCCUCCCUUCUCCCUUGCUGUCAUUUUCGUCUCACACUUUCCCAAUCCCACACAUUUUCCUCCUCCCCAGCCCCAAAUCCAAACCAUUACAAACUCUCUCCGGCUUUUGGGGUUAGGCUCUUUUCUUUGCUUGCCAAUUUUGAACUGAAGAUAGUUAGGCUCAGAGCUGAGCUUCGUGUUUUAUUGGUGGGGAUUGGGAUUGAAGGUUUGCCUUGGAAUUCUGAUUAAGUUAGUUUUAAACUAUACUGACAACGAUGCCUCCAUUUGAGACCUCCGAUGCCGAUUAUGGUGCCGAGUUCUCGUUUGCCGUCGAAUACAGUGGCCCGCCCGUAACCUACGAUCUCCCCUGUGCCGUUCCAAUUAAAGUUGAGCGGAUUCCCGUUGCUGCCGCUGUCGCCCAGGUCUCCCUGUCUGAUAAACUGUCCCUGCCAGUGGUGCAGCCGCUCUUAGCUCCCGAUCCUCGGGGUAAAAAGUUCUCCAAAGAGCUAAAGACGUUGGGUUCUGACUCUUCUACUUUGGUUUCUCCAACUUCGGUGAUUGCGUUCGACCGAAAUAAUGGUCGUGAUUGCAAAGAGCUAGAGUUAGUUUCUGAAGCAACUGUGUCUCCUACUUCUGUGAUUGCCUUUGAGGAGGGAAAUACGAGCAAUCGGUGUUAUUUCCGGUCAGAUGAGUUGAGUAGCUCCCGUGCAUUAGAGUUUUCCAAUGGCCAGUACGCUUCCGGUGAAUUGUGUGAUGUAGCAAACAGCUCGAGAGAAUUUGGGUUCUCGUCCAUCAGUCAUGAGCAUUCCCCUGAGUUAUUAGGUGGAGCUGGGAUCUCGAGCACGAUAGAGUUUUCCGAUAGUUUCGACAAGUCACUAACAAGCUCGCUGGCCUCAAGGGUUUCGUGUAGUCAAAAGGAGAGUUUAGACACAAAUAAUGACUUGAGUCAAGCAGAUUGGGUUUCAAAUGAGUCGGUGUCGAGUUUUGAUUACCCUUCAUCUCAGGUGUCUUCUAUGAAGGUUGUGGAUGGCAAUAAUGAAUCGAAAUGCGAACUUAUACGAACCCCAGUUGUGACUUUUCGUGAUUUCGAGUCUGUUGAUGCUUUUGAUGAGGAAUAUACUCAGGAUGCGUCUGAGAAGCGAAUGCCUCAAGUGAAAGGGAAGAAAGGUUCAUGCUAUCGAUGCUUUAUGGGAAAUAGGUUCUCUGAAAAGGAGGUUUGCAUUGUCUGUGAUGCAAAAUAUUGUAGCAAUUGUGUUCUUAGAGCUAUGGGAUCGAUGCCAGAAGGUAGGAAAUGUGUUACUUGCAUUGGAUUCCCGAUUGACGAGUCAAAACGAGGGAAUUUGGGGAAGUGCUCUCGGAUGCUUAAGCGGCUGCUUAAUGACUUGGAGGUUCGACAGAUAAUGAGGACUGAGAAGUUGUGUGACGCAAAUCAGCUACCACCGGAGUAUAUUUGUGUGAAUGCACAACCUCUUUCGCAUGAGGAACUGAUUAUAUUGCAGACCUGCGCAAACCCACCGGAGAAGCUCAAACCGGGGAAAUAUUGGUAUGAUAAAGUAUCUGGUCUGUGGGGAAAGGAAGGACAGAAACCUUCAAAGAUUAUUAGUCCCCACUUGAAUGUUGGAGGUCCCAUCAAGCCAGAUGCUAGCAAUGGAAACACACAAGUUUUUAUAAAUGGACGGGAGAUUACUAAAGUAGAGCUUCGGAUGCUACAGUUGUCAGGAGUUCAAUGUGCCGGUAACCCACACUUUUGGCUGCAUGAUGAUGGAUCAUACCAAGAAGAGGGACAAAAGAAUACAAGAGGCUAUCUAUGGGGCAAGGCUGGAACAAAGCUUGUUUGUGCUCUCUUGUCACUUCCUGUUCCUUCUAAAUUUUCAAAUUCUUGUGGAGAACAAGGGAGUAAUAUAGUUAACAGAACUGUUCCUGACUACCUUCAGCAGAGAAUACUUCAGAAGCUUCUAUUAGUUGGAUAUAAUGGAUCUGGAACGAGUACUAUAUUUAAGCAGGCCAAGAUUCUUUAUAACGAAGUUCCUUUUUCUGCUGAAGAGCGAGAAAAUAUUAAGUUGAAGAUCCAGAGCAAUGUGUAUGGCUAUCUUGGUAUACUGCUUGAGGGUCGUGAAAUUUUUGAAGAAGAAGAGCUCAUUGAUUUAAAGAAAAAGCAUUGUUCUCGUAUCAUUGACCCCUCAGGGAACACAGGCAACAAUGAUGACAAAACUAUUUAUUCUGUUGGCCCAAGGCUGAAAGUUUUCUCCGAUUGGCUUCUCAAAACUAUGGUGUCAGGAAAUUUGGAAACUAUCUUUCCAGCUGCUACUCGGGAAUAUGCUCCACUGGUUGAGGAGUUAUGGAAUGAUCCAGCCAUUCAGGCCACAUACAAUCGAAGAAGUGAAUUGGAAAUGCUACCUACUGUUGCUAGUUAUUUCCUAGAGCGGGCCAUUACAGUAUUGAGAACAGACUAUGAACCGUCAAAUUUGGAUAUCCUAAAUGCUGAAGGUGUUACUUCAUUAAAUGGGCUUGCUUGUGUGGACUUCUCAUUUCCCCAGUCAGCACCUGAUGCUGACAUUGAUGCUGCUGAUCAGCAUGAUUCUUUACUUAGGUACCAGCUAAUUAGAGUACAUGCAAGAGGCUUGGGAGAAAACUGCAAGUGGCUAGAGAUGUUUGAAGAUGUUGGAAUGGUCAUUUUCUGUGUUGCCCUCAGUGACUAUGACCAGUUUUCUGUUGAUGGUAAUGGUUCUAUCACUAACAAGAUGGUGCAGAGCAGACAGUUAUUUGAAUUUAUUGUGAAUCAUUCAACCUUUGAUCAGAUGGACUUCCUUUUGAUACUAAACAAAUUCGAUCUAUUUGAGGAAAAGAUAGAACGAGUACCAUUGACUCAAUGUGACUGGUUUCAUGAUUUUCAUCCGGUGCUCGGUCGUCAUCACUCCAAUAGCAACAGCAACAGCAUCAAUAAUAGCCCUUCUCUGGGUCAUCUGGCAUCCCACUACAUUGCUGUGAAGUUCAAGAGACUUUAUUCUUCUCUCACUGGGCGGAAGCUGUAUGUUUCUCUGGUGAAGGGGCUGGAGCCUGAUACUGUUGAUGCAGCUCUUAAAUAUGCAAGGGAGAUUUUGAAAUGGGAUGAAGAGAGAGCCAACUUCAGCCUGAGCGAGUAUUCAAUUUAUAGUACUGAGGUGAGCUCCUCUCAGUGAUGUUCAAGGCAGAGAAGGCUUGUCAAUUGGGUCAAUUUCCUCUGGGACACAUUUCUUUCGGUUGUAAAUAUAAUGGUUAAGUAAAUGGAAAAGAGAAGAUUGUUUCCUCGCAUAGGCUAUUAUUGCUGAUACUUGAGAUUGGCAGGACCACAUCAGAAAGGUGAGUCUGAAUGGAUUUCCAUGUGUUUGUUUUUUUACUAUGGUUAUGUGGUCGUGCCAUCUAAGAACAUGAUUCGAAAUAUUCAUUUUGGAAACAGAAUAUGGAAUUCAUCAGGAGUAUGUAGGUAUGUAAGCAUUGUAGCCAACCCUUUUGUGAUCUUUUAUAUGAUAUGUUGGUUGUACUGAAUCAACAUACGUGAAUAUGAGAAGAUGCAGAUUCACUAUAA